CCCAGCUUCAAACCACAUUCUUUGCAUACACACCACACCCUCUGCUUACGACUGAGCGAUAUUAGUUGCUCAGCCUGCACAGAAACCCCCACAUAAUCACCCAUUCUUUGAAUAUGCUCAUUUUCCGUCCCAAGGUUGAAAGAUCUGAGUACCCCGCUACGACAAACUAUGGAUGAUCCACUGCUGCUUCUAGAAAGGGAAUACUGCCCUCCAGUAGACCCCGCCCUUAUCUACGCAAUUUGCGCCGACUUCGACCUUAAUGAUGCCCAAGGCGUAUCCAACGCACGCCAGAUACUCGACGGAAUAAAGCAGAGUGCGAUUGAGGAGCAAAACUCCGAGUUCGACGCGUCUGGAAGCAGCGGCUUGCAGCGCGAGGCAGACACUUCGGAGGUCUCGUCAUCAACCGCCGGAAGCCGUUCCUCGCCCUCGAGGAGUGACCUCACGAGCCUCACAAAUGGAGUCUCUGGAAUAAGCCUCAGUACACUCUCUGUGUCUGGGUCUAGUUCUUCUGGAGACCUUCUGGGGGCCCACGGUGGUUACUUUGACGAUGCGGAGAAGCUCCCAGACGAGGCGAAGGAGCUGAUGCUCACGGAGACCUUCCCCACAAUUCGCCUGCAACGCAUCCGGUUUAUCCUCAAGAAGUGUGGGGGGAACUAUGGACAAGCUACAGAUGAGUUGCUCAAUCUCGUGUACUUCGAGAACUCUACCACGUAUGAGGACGGUAGCAUCCCAAAAGGCAUCGACGCCUUUUCGGAAGAGCAUCUGGUCGCAUCCCGCGGUCGGAAGGGUAAAGGGAAGAAGAAAAAGAUUCCCCUUGGUCAGAAUAGUAGCUCCUCGUCGCCUUCACCGAGCGGCGCAUCGACCCCCUCCAACAUUUGGCUGGAUACGGGAAAGGAGAUUGAGCUGAUUGCCAGCAAGACCGGCAUUCCCAAGAAGUCUGUCAACUCUCUUUACCACAAAAAUGGCGCCUCCAUUCCUGCCACCAUCUUGGCUCUUAUCGAGAAGAACCUAAAAGAGUACGAGAACCUGGAACCGGAGCCCACGACGGUAUCAAACGCAUUCGAUCUCACAAACGACUUCCCCUCGUUAAACUUCGCCCAAGCAUCCGCUAUUAUCAGACUCACAUCGCCCUCAACUGCAUCUGCCCACGAGCUCGCAAAGCUCCUCACAACGCACAACCGUAGCUCCCCACCCAGCACCAGGCUUGGCGGUAUCCGAGUCAUCCCCCAAUACGCGCCGCUCAACCUCGACACCUCCGAGAACGACCGUCCCGCCACACCCGCAAACCCUCCCUCCCUCCCUUUCCUCCCCUCCCCAACCGCCGCCGCCCUCGCCACCGCGCGCACGAACGCCUUCGCCCAAGCCGCCUCCGCGUAUCGGCGCGGCAAGUCAGAUAAUCUGAUGAAGGCCGCGUCGGGCUACUACGCGCAGCUCGGCCACGACUACCACGCCGCGGCCCUCGCUAUGUCGGCUGCCGAAGCUGACGCGCUGGUUGCGAAGCAGAGCACAGCGACGCAGCUGGAUCUGCAUGGCGUGAAUGUUAAAGAUGCUAUGCGCAUCGCUGAUAAUAGGGUCGCGGCGUGGUGGGCGGGGCUAGGCGAGGAGAGGGUCCCCGGGGCUGGGAGGAGGGGUGUGGGAGACGGCUACAGCAUUAUUGUCGGCGUGGGGCGACACUCCGAAGGCGGCAAGGGGAAGUUGGGCCCAGCUGUGGUGAGAGGCCUCGUCAAAAGGGGCUGGAGAGUUGAGGCGGCGAGUGGAGUUGUUACGGUAGUGGGGAAGGUGAGAAGGUGAGUGCGACCUUUCUUACUGUUAUUUUUAGCGGCAUUUGCGGUGUUUAUGAGUGAUCUGAUUUGUCGGGGGAUUUGUUUGUGGAGAAGAGUUCGUUGUGGGAUGUGGCGGAUGUGUCGAGGGCUUCAGACGUGGGUUGGAGAUGUUGGGACGGUAAUGUCUAAUGAUGAAUGAGUAAUAACAGUAAGUAAUAAGAGGUGAAUAUACCCAAGCUUUCGAGUCGAUGCCAAUUUCUCCCCUCCCUCUAUGGGAAGGUGGGCGUGAGUGGUAGCGGAAUACACACAUUUACCAUGACCUUGGUUUCAGC